AUGCUUCUUGAAUCGGUAAUUGCCGAUGCUGUAUUCAGCAUGAAUUCGGGGCGUAAGUGGAUCAAAUAUGAUUUAAGCGACUUCAAACGGCAGCCCCAAUCAGCAAACACAUUUGACAGCUGGGCCUGGCUCCUGAGCCUCUUACGUGUAAUGUUUUUUAUUGUUGGCACAUUCAUCCUUCUAAUAACGACAUGCGCGCUUUGCGGCUUCGCCUGCAUGCUAUCGUCUGUUGUGCGCGAUGACUAUUACAAUCGACGACAAAUUCGACAGCGCGAUGAGGAGAGGCACAAUUUUGAAGAGCAAUUUGGAGAUGCAGGAAUUGUAGGCGAUUGUUUCGCAACCGAAAAUGAGCAGUUUCUAAACUGA